GAAGAAACACGAGCGAAGCGAGCGCAGACCUGCCUUUGGCGACACUGCGCCGAAUUGACCAGGAGUUGUCACCAUGAAUUCGCUCCUGCUGCUGGUCUGUCUCCUCCCGGCCACCGCGCUGGCGGGUGGAUGGAACAGGAACUGCAUCACAAAGCCUGUCGGAUUCGGCUACAAGACCACCGGUGGUCAAGGAGGCAAGACUGUGACUCCCAAGAACACCAACGAACUCAAGAGUUACUUGGGUAGUAAUCAAAAGCUGAUCAUCGUCCUGGACAGAACAUACGACUUUACCAACUCUGAGGGCUGGGCGACCAGCACUGGGUGCUACUUCCAGAAGUGUGGCAGUGGAUUCCAAGAGUCCUUGGCCCACGCUGGUACCUGCAAUGGCAAGUCGUCGACCCAGGUGAAAUACGCCAAGGGGCCCGGCACCACUGAAAUCGUGAUCGGCUCCAACAAGUCCAUCAUCGGCAAGAACGGCAAGGGCGUCAUCAAGGGCAAGGGCCUGCGCAUCAAGAACGCGCAGAACGUCAUCAUCCGCGACAUCAGCAUCACCGACAUCAACCCACAGGUCAUCUGGGCCGGGGACGCGCUGGCCUUCGACAACGCGCAGAACGUGUGGGUGCAAGGCGUCACCUUCGCGCGAAUCGGGCGUCAGCACCUUGUGUCCUAUCAGAACCAAAACAAGGGCAUCACAGUGUCGUCGUGCCUCUUCGACGGGACCUCCAAGAACUCAGCCCUGUGCGACGGCGCCCACUACUGGGUGUGGCUCUUCUGGGGCACGCACGACGAGAUCACGCUCAUCAACAACCACGUGCUCAACACCGCGGGGAGGACCCCACACGCGGGCGGUUGGGGCAAAGCGCAGCCCUACAUCCAUUUGAUUGGCAAUUACAUGGAUCAAAACCCCCACACUGGAAUUGAGCCGAAGACUGGAUCGUACAUCCUAGCCGAGGGCAACAUCUUCAAGAAGUUCUCCAACGUCGUGGACCCAGAGGCGAAGGGAGGCCACCUCGCCUUGGUGAACGACGCCACGCAGGCCGCCAUCUGCAAGAAGUACUUCGGACAGAACUGCAAGGUCAACUCCCUGCAGAACUCCAAAUCCAAGACAUGGUUCGACGAAAGCGUCCUCAGCGCCUUCAGCAAACUCGACAAGAACGCCAUCAACGGUGCGCGCGCAGCGUCGUGUCUCAUCUAAGCGCCGCCAUUGUGGCACGCUGCUCUUACUGCCCCCCUCUUCUUCUCCAACCGACUUUCCCAACAAACCUCUCGUGGUUGAUGAGCACGUAUUUUCGGAAUAAACUGAACGUUAAGGUUUCUUUACUCUAA